AUGUACAAGCUUGAUCGAUCGACAUGGUCUCGAACGGAAAAAGAAAAUGCGAAUGUACCCACCGGAAAAGGUAGCGGUCGUAGGAACGUACUGCUGAAGAUACAAACGCGGAAGAGACAGACCGCGAUUUGUCAUGAUGACACUGCGCCGACGGUGAAGGCACAACCCAUCGAUGAGUUACAUUCUUUUCAGCGGAAGAAGCUGGCACCGACAAAGCCGGUCGACUCUGUACAUCGUGCUUUUGCUAGGGUUUUCAUUUGCCCUCUUCGAAUUAUGUUUCAAGAUUAG